AUGGCAGGCAAAAAGAGAGAAAUCCAGCUACAGGCAGUGAUCAAUAGUCAAACCCUAUGGGAUGAGAUGUUGCAGAACAAAGGUCUCACAGUGAUCGAUGUUUAUCAAGCCUGGUGUGGACCUUGUAAAGCAAUGCAGACUUUAUUCAGAAAAUUGAAAAAUGAGCUGAAUGAAGAUGAAAUUCUACAUUUUGCUGUUGCAGAAGCUGACAACAUUGUGACUUUGCAACCAUUUAAAGAUAAAUGUGAACCUAUUUUUCUCUUUAGUCUUUAUUCAGAAAUUGCAAUUGUAGACUCAGAUUCAGAAGAUGCUGGGGAAGGAGUAAGUGAAAAUCCUGAGAAUCUUUAUGAGCUUGCUAUUAUCAAACCUGAUGCUGUAAUUACUGGAAAAGCUGUAGAAAUUAGAGAACAUAUUAUCAAGGCAGGAUUUACCAUAGAAGCAGAGGAUAAGAGAUUUCUCACUGAAGAGCAAGUAAGGGACUUCUACAGUUCUAUAGCAAAUGAGCCUGACUUUGAAGAUUUUGUUUCUUUCAUGACAAGAGCCCUAAGCUAUAUUAUGGUUGUAUCUCAAGGAAAUGAGCUGCCUUCCCAGAAAGACACUAAACAUAAUUCUGAGAUGCAAACUAACAAAUUCUUUGAGGAUUAUGAAAUGGAAAUUAAAUCUAAACCUGUGAUAAGGAAGAUAAAGCGAGACAGUUUGCAAGGAUAUCUGGAAAGAAAACAUUUAUCUCAUUUUUGUGAUGUUGAAGAUAAUAUAGAUAAUGUUAAUAAGUUUAUUGACAUAUUUUUUCCUGAUUUUAAAAAUACGAAAAGUUUUAAAUCAGAAAGGAUACUGGCAUUAAUUCGACCAGAUCUCCUUAAAGAACGAAAAGAGGAUGUUUUGAAUAUUAUUGAAGAAAAUGGCUUUAAAAUACAGAUGCAAAGACAAUUAGUAUUAUCAGAAGUUGAAGCACAAACACUGUGUAAAGAAUAUGAAAAUAAAAGUUAUUUUGGAAAUCUUAUAGAAAACAUGACCAGUGGUCCAUCUCUAGCUCUUGUUUUAUUAAGGGACAAUGGAUUAAAACACUGGAAAGAGUUAGUAGGUCCAAGCACCGUUGAAAAAGCCAUAGACUGUGAUCCAAUGAGUUUAUGUGCACAAUUUGCAAUGGAGGGUUUGCCUAUCAAUCAGUUAUAUGGAAGUGAUUCCUUAGAAACUGCUGAAAGGGAUAUACAGUAUUUCUUUCCUCCUCAAACCACUUUUGUACUGAUUAAACCACAUAUACCAGUUGAAGAAAGAAGGGAGAUACUAAAGCGUAUCAAAGAGGAUGGAUUUGAUAUAACACAGGCAAAGGAAAUGGCCCUAAAUGAAGAGCAAGUUGGAAAAAUUUAUUCAAAAGUAACAGGAAAGGAGUUUUAUAAAGAUCUAUUGGAAAUAUUUUCUGAGGGUCCAUCUCUGGUCAUGGUUCUGACCAAGUGGAAUGCUAUUUCAGAAUGGAGAAGACUGAUGGGACCCACAGACCCAGAGGAAGCAAAACUCCUAUCUCCAGAUUCUAUCCGAGCCCAAUUUGGAGUUAGUAUUUUGAAAAAUGCUGUCCAUGGAGCAUCUAAUGCCUAUGAUGCAAUGGAGUCCAUUAAUUACUUAUUUCCAAUGUUUGAGAAUCCUGAGAAAAACUAA